UCAGGAGUGGUUUCUAAGAAUUUCUGAGGGUUUUUUUUUUUGUUUUGUUUUGUUUUAACCAAAACACCAAGUUUGGAUGACCUUGUGAAAAUUGGGACAUUUUCUUGUCUACAGUCCUCCUCUUCAAUUCACUUAAUCUUUCAAAAAUUAUUUCCUAGCUUAUCAUGUCUGCAAAUAUUUUCAGUUCUUUGAAAUAUAUUUAUACCUGGAGACUUGAAUGCCUUGUACUGAGUAGAGAAUUUCACUUCUGAGUUCCCCCCCAAAAGGGCUCUCUCAAAUGUCUCCUGAAUCAUGGAUUUCAGCUAACUUAUUAAUGUUUAUGCUACCCUUGUUAGUUUGAAAAUUGUUAUCUUAGAUGGAGAACAGAAAAGCAAAAGUAUGGGUUUUAAGUAUUCAAUCUUUCUCCUGCCCCCAGGAGUCUUACGGCCCCUGAAUAUUUUGGUGUCUUCAGCCUGUCAAAACGGUGUCAAGAAUGCCUGUCUUAGUUCUGCACUGUCCACCCGGCAUUUUAGUUCUCUGCAGACACCAGUUGUUUCCUCUGCUCCCAGACUUGCCACGUCUGUCAGAAACCUGACGUGUGGACAUACUGCAGCAAUCCUCAAUAGAGCGGCCCCCUUGCUUCCAAAUGUCCUGAAGCUACCAGUCAGAACCGUAACAUACUUCAGUUCACGGAAAGGGAAGAGAAAGACUGUGAAAGCUGUCAUCUACAGGUUUCUUCGACUUCAUUCUGGCCUGUGGCUAAGGAGGAAGGCUGGUUAUAAGAAAAAAUUAUGGAAAAAGACGACUGCAAGAAAAAGGCGCUUGAGGGAAUUCGUGUUCUGCAAUAAAACCCAGAGUAAGCUCUUAGAUAAAAUGACAACGUCUUUUUGGAAGAGGCGAAACUGGUAUGCUGACGAUCCUUAUCAGAAGUAUCAUGAUCGGACAAACCUGAAAGUCUAGAUCAGAAGUUUUAGGACUUCCCAGUUACUGAAUAUGUAUCUUUGUGUAUAUGAUGUCUUUGCAAAAAUGAAUAAGUGUAAAACUUGA